UGGACGCGCUGACUGCCCUGCACUUUGAAGGUUGAACUGGCAAAACCGAGCCAGGGACUUGCUAACCGAACCUCCCAAGCGCCAGCUAGGCUAUGAUUAGGUGCAAUAAUGUGAUGAACUAAUCCACAACCGCAAGGAGGGCCUGCCUGAAGAAUGUCAAGCAAGAAAAGGAAGCGCGAGGACCCGCCGAAGGGGAGCGACGGCGGCGACCGCUUCACGCAGUGGGAUGGCUGGGUCACGCUGGUGCAGGCAGCCGCGCGGCACCUGCCUCAGCCCGCGCCGGCGCUGCUCUGCAACAGCGUGCGGGGGCAGCUGCUGGGCGGGCACUCGUCGCAUUCGCUCUCCGUGUUCGUGGAGUGCAAGUGCGCUGCCUGCGCCGCGGGGCGGGAGGCCCAACUGGAAUACGCGCGGGGGGCGCGCGAGACGAAGAAGCCGCGGCGCCAGAAGCGGCCGCCCGGGAAGGGGCCUUUCUUCUGCCUAGAGGACUGGUACGUGCACUGCCACACCUCCGCCAGCGGAGGCGCACGGCGCACCUCGCGCGACGCCUGGCGGGAGCCGGAGGCGCUGCGCCCGCUGGACACGCAGGACCCGGCGCUGCAGGCCCAGGCGGCGCGCGCCGCGGACGUGCUGGUGAAGCGCGCCGUGCACGUGCUGCUGCCGCGCUGGCAGUGGGAGGCCACCCUGGAGGCGGCGGGGUCGGCGGGGUCGGGGGGACACGGUCAGGUCAGGCCCGCUGGAGAGGAUGGCGCCGGCGAUGGCCUGGUCAAGGUGUCCUACCUGGACUGGGCGCGCAGCUUCCUGCGCCGCUACGUGUCGGGGCCGGACGCCGGGCAGAACCCGCUCAAGGGGGCGUUUGUGCAGGUGCUGUGGUGGAACACCCCAUACCAGCGCGACGACCAGUGGGCGCUGGGGCGCGAGGAGGAGCUGGAGUACGGCACCUGGUACGGCGGCACCGUCACCGGGCUGGACUGGAGUACGGGCACCGUCAAGCUGCUGUACCAGGACAACCAUGAGAGCGAGGUGGCUCUGGGCGCCUGCUUCCUCAACGUGGCCGACCGCCCGCCCAGACCCGGCCAGGCCGCGCGCCUGCCGCCGCUGCUGGCCGCGUUCAAGGCAGCGGAGCGACACGCCGCCCGAGCCGCCAAGAGUGCGGCGGCGGAGGCAGGGGCGGCAGUGAGCCUGGGGGCGGCGGCGGCGAGCCCAGCGGCGGCAGCGGCAGCGCCGUCACGCGCGUGUGGGCCGUCGCCGGCGGGCAGCAGUCGCGGCUGCCAGGAGGGCGGCCUGGAGGGCGGGCUGGAGGACGGCAGUCAGGCAAAGAAGCGGCAGAAGGAGGGCGGCAAGCGGGAGCAAGCGCAGGCGGGGCAGCAGGACCAGGCGCCGGCGGGGGCAGGUGCCACUGCGCCGGGCGCGGCAAAGGGAGCUGGAGCCGGCGCUGGCGCUGGCGCUGGUACUCCGUUGGCCAAAGCUCCAGCACCAACAGCACCAACAGCACCAACAGCACCAACAGCACCAGCAGCGCCAGCCGCCAGCGCUGGGCCGGCGGCCCUGGCCCCCGCGCCCUCGCGGCCGCCACUGCAGCCGCCCACAGUGACGGCCAAGACAGCGCCUGCAGCUGCGGGCGGCGGUGCGGCGGCUGCGGCUGCGGCUGGGGGCGCGGGUGCGGCUGGGGGUGCAGCGACGGGCGCGGGUGUGGUCACAUCGCCGGGCGCGUCGAAGAAACACAAGCGCCUCAAGGCCAAAGCUCCAGCACCAGCGCCAGUACCUGCGCCAGCACUAGCGCCGGCGCCAGCGCCAGCGCCAGCACCAGCGCCAGCGCCAGUACCAACGCCACCUGCGCCGGCGCCGGCACCGGCGCCAGCACCAACACCAGUGCCGGCGCCAGCGCCGGGGCCAGCACCAGCACCAGCACCAGCGCCAGUACCAGCGCCACCAGCGCCAGCGCCGGCAGCGGCGGCGUCGGCGCCGGCGGCCGGCGCGCUGCCCGCCCCUCGCCCGCCAUCCCGCCUGGUGGCACACCCGGGCAGCCCCAGGGCCGUGGGUGCGGGCGAUCGGCUGAAGGCCAAGACCAAGAUCAAGAUCAAGAUCAAGAUGCCAAAGCACCACCCGCACAGCCAGGAGCAGACCCAGGAGCACAUCCAGCGGGAGAAGGCGAAGAAGGCGAAGUCGGGUGCUGCCGCUGCCGCCGGUCCGUCAGCUGCUGCCAUUGCCACUGGUGAGGCCAAGGGCAACAAAUCCAGCGGCAGCGGCAGCUCUAGCGGCAGCGGCAGUGCAGCUGCAGCUGCAGCGGGUCUGGCUUCAGCUCCUGCCGAGGUAGCUGCGCUGCCCGCUGCUCAACCGGGGCCGGCGACGGCGGGGUCCGGCUCACGUGCAGUGCCGCCGUCCAGGGCUGGCGUCGCCGCGGCGGGUCAGGCUGAGGCCGUGCCACCCGUGCCGAAGCGGCAGCGGCUGGAAGCACCCGCCGCUCCUGCCGCUGCCGCCACCUUGCCCCCCUCCUCCUCGCCCCCCAGCGGUGCGGGGGAAAUGCAAGUGGGGGCGGCGGCGGGCCUGCGCGCGCAGCCGGCACCAACAGCUGUGCCUCCGCGCCCCAUGGCACAGGCGCAGCAGCGGCAGGUGGCGCAGGGGACACCGGUGAAGGCGGGGGCGGCGGAGGCGGGGGCAGCGAUGGGCCCAGCGGCGAGCGGGGUAGUGGACCUGACCGGCGACACGGAAGAGCAGCAAGAGCGCGAGGGGGGUGAGCAAGAGGAGGACGGGCGGCAGGAUGGGCGGCAGGAUGAGCGGCAGGAUGGGCGGCAGGAGGACUCCAGCGGCCUAGGCGGCGCGGCUGCAUGUGCAGGGGCGGGUCCAAGCACAGGGGAGGCGAAGGUGGAUGUGCGAAUGGAGGCGGUGCACUCGCACAGCACAGGAGAGGAGGGCUCGGCAGAGCAGCCAGAGCCGGAGCUGGAGCCAGUUCCAACCCCGGAGCCGGAGCGGCAGCAGCAGCAGGAGGGCGGGGAAGGGGUGGGCCGGGAGGCGGACCGGGACCAGGGGCCGGGCCGGGCCGGCGGGCCGGGCGGCCAGCAGGCCGGGCCGGCGCCGGCACUUGGCCGGGUGGAGCGGCUGCCGCAUGCCGCUACUGCCGCCUCCGCGGGGCCCGCUGCGCCACAGCCCGGGGCUGCCGCUGGCCCCGCUGCGGACGUCACUGCGGCAGCGGAAGCGCCCGCGAGGCAGCAGCCGCAGCGGCCGCAGUCGCCACAGGCACCACAGUCGCCGCCCCGGUUGCCGCCGCCACUGCCGGCGCCGCAUACGCCCGGCGUAGAGGGCCUGGCCGCGGCGGUGGCGGGCCUGAAGGACGUUGCAGCGGGGCUGGCGGCGGCGCUGAAGACGCCGUUGGGUCUGGGGCCGCCUUACGGGCUGCCGGCAGCGGCGCUGGGAGCUGCACGCGUGACAGGCGCCACUGCUGCGCCGCCUGCACUUGUGGAGCAGUGGGACCGGCAGCAGCAGCAGGAGGAGGAGGAAGAAGACCGGCAGCAGCAGCAGCAGCAGCAGCAGCAGCAGCAGCAGGUGCAUCCGCAGCCAUCCGGCGGCACAGCGGCGGGCACCUCAACCGGGGCGGCAGCGGACACCGCCGCUGCGGCAACGCCCGUGCCGCAGCGUGCGCAGGAGCAGCCGGACCUGCCCAGCGGGCACCUGCCGCAGCCUCCUACGUCACAGCCGCCCUCACCGCUGGCAGCGCCGCAGCCCCAGCCGCGGUGGUUUGGGCCGCAAGAGCCGGGUGCGGCGCGGGCUGGCGCUGCAGAGCCGCCUGGGGCUGGGGACCGGGGCAGCUGCACCGGUGCCACAGCCGCAGCCACGGAGGUCGCCAUCGCACCAGCGGCGGCCGUCCCAGCACCUGACGCGGCCGGCACGCCGACGGCAGUAGCAGCAGCAGUAGUAAUAGCAGUAGCAGCAGCAGCAGGCGACCCAUGUUCAGUGGCACCAGCUGAUGAUGCGGCCGACCCGCAGCGGCCGGCCGCAUCCUCCCACCACACCGGUGCCGAGCCCGCAGGUGCCGGGCCCGCAGGUGCCGAGCCCACAGGUGCCGAGCCCGCAGGUGCCGAGCCCGCGCCUGCGCCUUCCUUCGCCGCGACACCACCGGUGCUUGCGGCGGCGAAUGUUUCAGUGGUAGAAGUACCGGGCAUUGCGGGCGUUGCCGGCGCCGGUGCGAGUGCUGGUGCCGGUGCUGAUGGCCAUGCCGGUGGUGCCGGCCCUGCGGCUGCAGCAGCAGCUGCGGAGCCGGAGCCGGAGCCGGAGUCGGAGCCGGAGCCGGAGGCAGAGGCGGAGGCGGAGGUGGAGGUGGAGGCAGAGGCGGAGGUGGAGGCGGAGGCGGCGUGCGCUGCCGGCUUUGCGGCGGCAGCCGCAGAGGCAGUAGCGGCAGAAGCUGUGGCUGCCACCGGCUUGUCUGCAACCGCCGCCGCUGCCACCACCGCAGCCUCAGCGGCAUCCGAGGCCGCGACGUGCCCUCUCGACAUGGCGCCGGCGGCGCAGGCGGCUGCAGCGACGGCCGCUGUGGCUGAGGCUGGGCAGCAGCUCGCUGCACCGCAGGACGAGCCGGAGCGCGAGCCCGAGCACACGCGGGGGCCGGGGGCAGACGAGGCGUCACACCAAGAAGCACGGCAGCAGCAGCAGCAGCAACAGCAGGAGAGGGCGUUGCAGGCGGCGCCGGAGGCGGCGGCGGCGGCAGGCCCGGGCGUGGCGCCUGCGCCCGCCGAGUCGGGGCCGUCGCAGGGGGCUGCGGAGCCGCACGCCACUGCCGCGGCGUGUAUGGACGCGCUGUCCUCGCCCGCCGACUCCAGGGCCACAGAGCCGCUGAUGCUGGCGGAGGCGGCGGGGCUGGAGGCGGCGGCGGGGGGCGCAGCGGCGACGGAGCUGCCGGCAGCCGCGUGCUCGGGUGCCAGCCUGCAGCUCAGCACCCAGGGGGCGGAGAGGGGGCCCGCCUCAGGCAGCCUGGGCGCCGCGCGGCCGCACGGUCCGGCCGGCGUGGCUGUCAGCGGCGCCGUCGGUGGCGGGGCGGCUGGGGGUGGGGGCGGGCGGUGCCGGCGGACUGCGGGCAGCAGCGACGGCAGCAGCGGCGCGCCGGCCGGUGACGGGCAGGCAGGCGGGAGCGGCUGCGGGGGUGGGCAGGGGCCGCCGCGCGGGGACAGCCAGCAUGACGCUCCGGCUGGCGGCGGCGAAGGCGAAGGGAGGGGCGAAAUCGCUCCUGCUGACGCCGCGGUGACGCCGGCAGAGGCCGAGGUGGGGCAUGUGGCAGGGGUGUCGGACGCUGCUGCGGCGGCGCACGCGACCGAUAUGGCAGAGGCAGCGACAGCAACAGGGGGGAGCGGAGCCGGCGCAGCUGCGGUCUGCGGCAGCCCCACACGCGGCAGUGCCUGCGCAGGCGGCAGUGCGUGUGGCGGGUGCGACGCCGUGGAAGGCGGGCAGCGGCAGCCGCAGCCACGACCGCCCGCGGAGCCCUGUGUGGAGGCGGCCGCCGCACCACCACAUGAGCCGCACGGCGAGGCACCCGAGGCGCCUGAGAACGCACCCACACCGACACCAGCGCCAGUGCCAGCGCCAGCGCCAGCGCGCGCAGGAGCGUCGGAGCCGGCCCUUGCGCCACCACCGCCGCCGCCGCCACAGACGGCCACAACGGCGCCGCCGCUUCCAGCCGCGGCGCCCGCCCUGGCGGUGACAGCGUCAGGCAGCGUAGCAGCGGACGCGGCAGCAGCGGCCCACACAUUCACCGCAGCUGCUCCUGCUCCUGCUGCUGCUGGCCGCGCCCACGCCGACGCAGCCGCGGCCGCAACGCCGGGCGCGGCUCUGGCGCCGUCCGCCGGGUGGCGCCGCGCGUCCAGCGGCAGUGGCGCGAGUGGCGGCGGCGGCGGCGGCCCGGCACCCCCGAGGCAGGAGGUGGAGGUGGCGGUGGAGGCGAUGCCGCACCUACAGCAGCAGCAGCAGCAGCAGCAGCAGGCGGCGCCCCGCCGCAGCGGCGCCGGCGACUGCAGCGCUGCCACCAUCGGCCAGGACCGCGCAGCAGCAAAUGCCACUGGCGGAGCCAUUGCUGGUGCGGCCACUGCGGCCACUGCGGCCACUGUGGCCACUGCGGCCAGUGCGGCCAUUGCGACCAGUGCAGCCCACCACCACCACCAGCCGCCGAGGCAGCAGGGGGCCGCCGCGCAGCCGCAGCAGGACCCGCACCACCCACACCCACACCUCCAACCCCGUCACCACCACCCUGAGUACGCGCAGCACGCCCAGCGCUCUGGGUCACAGGGCUCGUACGGCCAUGCUCACCACCAACACCCGCACAAUAGCAGCCACAGCUACAGCCACUCACACCCCCACCAGCACCAGCACCCCCACCAAGGCCACAGCUACUGCCAUGACCCGCUGGCGCACCACCACCACCACCUGCUGCAGCACCAGCACCAGCAGCACCAGCACCAGCAGCACCAGCACGAGCAGCACCAGCAUUACAACUGCCAAAUGCAGCACUACAAUGAACACCAACAACAACAGCAGCAGCAGCGGCAGGCGCAGCCGGCUUUCCUGGCGCGGCCGGAAAGCAUGAAGCCAGGAGUACCGCCGCCGCUGCCGCAGCAGCAGCAGCAGCGGGUGCCGCAGCCCUACCCGCAGCCGCCCAUGCAGCCAGGGCCGUGGGGCCUGCCGUCGCCCUGCUCAGCCGCCACACCCGCCGCCGCUCCCGCCGCCGCGCCCGCCGCUCCCGCCACCCCCGCCGCUGCGCCCGCCGCUCCCGCCCCUGCCCCUGCUCCCGCCCCUGCCCCUGCCGCUGCCGCUGCCGCUGCCGGCGCUGCCUGGCUGCCGGGCGAGGUGUUCGCCAGCAGGGCCAGGGCCAUGAGCGGCAACAGCAACAGCAACAGCUUGGAGCCGCAGCCGCACCCGCGGCCGCGGCCGCACCAGCACCAGGCGUCAGGGGCGGGCGGCGGAGGCGCGCCACCCGCCGCCGCUGCCGGCAACGGGGUCGCUGCAGGCAGGGGCGCAGGCGCCGCAGAGCCGCAGGGGCAGGCGCCAGGGCCCGGAUGGGCGGGCGGGGCCCCCGGGGGCUUUGGCGGGGGCGGAGGGGGCGGAGGCGGCGGAGGCGGUGGCGGAGGCGGAGGCGGCGGCGGCGGGCCCGGGCGAGGUGGCGGCGGGGGCGGCGGCGCUCCGGGCCGUGCGCCGCCUCCGCCUCCUCCCGGCUGGCCUCCCGCCAUGGUGGUGGAGUGGGGCGCCUGGUGGUUUGUGGGCUGCGCGGUGGGAUACGGGCGGCAGUGCGAGUGCGUGAUGCGGCUUGUGCAGGCGCGCGGCCUGCAGCCGGAGCAGGCGGACUGGACCUUCCACCGCAUCAUGGAGGCCGCAUGCUGCGAGCUGGGCUGCGCGCCGCUGUCCGCCCGGCUGAUGAUGCUGCUGAUGACGCAGCACGCCUACGUGUGCGUGCACAACAUGCCGGCCGCCGCGGCGAACCAGACCACGGAGCAGCUGCUGUGCUUGGUCAGCUCGCUGCUGCGCGAGGCCGGCGAGGAGGAGGCGUGGCAGCGGCGGCAGCAGCAGCAGCAGCAGGCGCUGGGGGCGGCGGGGGCGGCGGGGGGGCCGGGGCUCAAGCCGCCGCGGGCGCCGGGCCUGACGGUGCCGCAGCUGUGGGCGGUGCUGGGGGGUGCGGCGCGGCACUGCAUCAAGAUGGUGAUGGCGGUGGUGGCCACACAGAGGGGCGAGCUGCAGCCCAUCACGCCCGGCCAGCGCCAGACCUACCUGCCGCCCCUGCCGCAGCUGCUGCGUAUGGCCGCCAGCCGCAUACCCGUGCCCGAGGAGGAUGCAGCCGUGCGCGCAGCCGUGGCGGCGGCCGCAGUGGAGGCGGCGGCGCCGCCGGAGGCCCAGGCGGACGCGGUGGCGGCGGUGGCGGCGGCGCUGCGCGUCAGCCUACUGCCGCGGACAGAGGCGACACUGGCGCGGGCGGCGGCUCGGCUGACGGCGGCGCUGCCGCCCUCCGUCCAGCAGCAGGUGCAGCAGCUGUCAGGGGCGCCGCCGCUGCCACCGCCACCACCGCAGCAGCAGCAGCAGCAGCAACAACCCGCCGUCACCGGCCAGCCUGGCUCGGCGCAGCAGCUGGCGCAGCAGCUGGCAGCACAGCAGGUGCAGCAGGCGGCGCAGCUGGCGGCGCAGCAGGCGCAGCUGCAGCAGCUGAUGCUGCAGCAGCAGUUCCACCAGCAGCAGGCGGCGCUGGUGCAGGCGCAGCUGGCGGCGCGGCGGCAACGUCGCAAGCUCACAUGGGCCGCACCCGCGCCCAGGGCGCUCAUGACGCUGCUCGGUCGGGCAGGCAGCCGCCGAGCCGCCGCCGAGGCGGCGGCGGCGGCGGCAGCAGCGGCCGCCGCGCGCGCUGCAGGCACCGCUGCCGGCACCGCUGCAGGCACCGCUGCCGGCGCCGGCGCUUCCCGGCUGGGGGCUCGGCCCUGGGCGGCGGCUGGCUCGGGCGAUGCGGGCGCGCCCAUUGAGCUGCUGGAUGGCGAGGACGCGGACCUGGACCUGGAGGACCUGGACCUGGAGGGCGAGGACCUGGAUGACGGCCUGCUGGACGUGGACGGCGAGGAGGAGGAGGAGGAGGAGGGCGCGCUGCAGGCCCUGGCGGCCGACGACGUCGCGGCGCCGCCGCCGCAGCCGCAGCCGUUGCUGGCGUCACAGCCGCCCUUCGGCGUGGGCGGCGUGCAUGUGAAUGGCGCGGCCGGCACCUGGCUGGCGCGGCGGCGGCAGUGGUCGGCGGGGGGCGCCGGCGGGAAGGAGCUGGCGGCGCUGGUGUCCGUGGCGUGCCGGGUGGCGGCGUGCAGGGAGGCGGCGGCCAAGGCGCUGGCGGCGGGGGCGGGGGCCCCGGGGGCGGAGCAGGGGCGAGACGCAGCAGCGGCGGCGGCAGGUGGCGGCGAGGGCGCAGGACGGCUGGGCGGGGCGGUGCUGGCGGCGGCGCAGGCGGUGGUGGGGACGCGGGAAUGGGCGGCGGGCGUGGUGGCGGCGGCCAGGGCGCGGGCAGUAGCCGUGGCAGAGGGAAGCACCGUCGCGGCGGCGUCUGCGGAAGGGGUCCGGUCAGAGGGCACGUUGGCUACAGCGGCGGCUGCUCCUGCUACUGUCGCUGCCACUGCUACCGCCGCUCCCACUGCUGCUGCCGAGGAGCCACAGGCGCAACGCCCGCAGGACCAGGCAGGGGAGCCGCCUCCCCCUGGGGAUCAGCCGCCGCCUGAGGCGGACGAGGCGGAGGCGCAGUCGCCCGCGCUGCCGCCGCCCGACUCAGUGGCUGGCAUGGACCUGUCCUGGCUGGACACCAGCGUGAGGGCGCUGCUGGCGGGGCACUGGCGGCACCGCAGCGCGCGGCAGGAGGAGGAGCAACAACAGCAGCGGCAGCUGCCAGCAGCAGCAGCAGCAGCAGCAGCAGCAGCGGCGGCGGGGGCGGCGGCGGGGGCGGCAGGACCCAGCCGUGGUACAGGGGGUGGCGACGCCGUCACUGCCGGCGAUGCCUCAGCCACUCCCGCAGCAGCCGCUGCCGCCCCCGCCCCCGCUACUACUCUGGCGUCUGCAGCUGUCGUGGGGGCGCCGCCAGCACCUGCUGGGGGCGCGGCGGGCGGCGGCGGCGGCGGCGAGGCAAGCCGGGCGGAGGUAUCGACGCAGGAGGCGCAGCCGGUGCCGCCACCACAGCAGCCGUGCGGCCGGCUGGCUCGCGUCCUGGCGGCCUGGCAGGGCCUGGCGCCGCCGCGCCGCCGCGCGCUGUACCUGGUGGCGUGCCGGCUGGCGGCGGGCGGGCCGGGCAGUGGCGCGCUGGGCAGCUGGGGCGCGGUGGAGGGGCUGGUGAGGUGUUUGGAGGCGGUGGCGGGCAAGGCGGGGGAGGCGGGCCGGCAGGUGAUGCAAGCCGGGCCGGCAGCCGGGGACGCUGUUGAAGGGAACUGAUGUAGUUGCCACCAGUGUAGACACUACCGGUACUUGAUGCGCGAGGACAGGGCGGUUUCACUUAGUAUGGUCUGAGCGCGGGGCAGCGCAAGGCGCAGCGGCGGGUAAGUUGCAAGCGGCGAGCUGUAGGACGCGUGUAAUAGUGUCAGCGA